AUGCUAAGUCGAUAUGAUGUCAGUGUUGGUCAGAUCAUGUUUGGUCCCAUCGGUCGUGAAAUAUUCGGCUUCUUCUACUGGAUUCAGCUCGUCGCCGUCGCCGGUGCCGGUCUUCUCACCUGUUCCGUCGCCUUCAACGCCAUGUCUGAACACGGUACCUGCACCAUCGUAUUCGUCGUCGUCGCCGCCGUCAUCAACAUCCUCAUCUCUUCCAUCCAAACCCUCGACAGAAUAUCUUGGAUCGGCUGGAUCGGCGUGGGCGGUAUCGUCUCUUCCAUCGUCACUUUGACGGUUGCGGUGGCGGUCCAGGACAGGCCUAAUGCGGCGCCGCAGACGGGACCUUGGGAUAAGGAGGUUUUGAUCUUCAACAACCCCGGAUUCGUUUUGGGUAUCUCGACGUUGUCAAACAUCAUCUUUUCUUUCGCCGGUACCCCCAACUUUUUCAACGUCAUCGCCGAGAUGAAGAACCCGAGGGACUACAACAAGGCCAUGGGUGUCUGCCAGACUUUUGUCUUGUCCUGCUAUCUCAUCUUGGGGUGUACCAUCUACCAUUUCUGUGGUGAAUACAUUGCAUCUCCCGCUCUCGGUUCCGCUGGUCCUCUCAUGAAGAAGGUCUGUUACGGUCUCGCCCUCCCCGGUCUUAUCGUGUCUGCCGUGUUGAACACCCACUUGCCGGCCAAGUAUGUCUUUGUGCGAGUGAUGCGUAACAGCCGACACUUGUCUGCCAACACCAUCACCCACCGUGUCGUCUGGGUCUCUUGUGUGAUCGGCUCUUGCGCCAUCUCCUUCGUCAUCGCCGAAGGCAUCCCCGUCUUCUCCGACCUCAUCUCCCUCAUUGGUGCCCUUAUCGCCACCCCCAACUCGAUCAUCUUUGAAGGCAUGAUGUUCAUCUACGACCUCCGCACCAACCCGGACAAGUACCCCAACCGAAGCAAGUGGUGGCACAAGGGUCUCGAGGUGAUGAACUGGGUGGUGAUGAUUGGCUUUGGGUUGUUUGCGACGGUGGCCGGGACUUAUGCGGCGGCGGUCACAAUCCGGGCUGAUGUUUCGGCCGGGUCCACGACUCAGCCGUUCUCUUGUGCCGACAACUCUGGGUGAUUGGUGCCUUUGGCGGGUUCGUGUGUUGUUACUUCAGUUCUAUCAAACAAUAAAA